UUCCCGCUGAUCUGAGCGUCGAAGGCGACAUGACGGUUGGAGAUGAUGUCAUGAACUCAAAGAAGACAAAGAGUGCCAAACUCCAAUGGAAAUCGAUAUACGUAGAUAAAUGAAAGAGAGAGAUCCCUACACUACUUCCUGGCAUUGUUCCCAAUUUGUCCCCUCUUCCAUAGGAUGGCGUGCGCGCCAUCUCUUGCCCAUUACCGUAGUUAUCGGUGCACCGCUGUAGGCAACAAGAUUAGGAGAGGUAGGCAGGCGUCUUGCUCCAUUUAUUGUUCCGAUUGCUUCGGAACUCCUUCGCGGCCUCGCGAAAAUUUUGCAGGAUUAGGUAUUAUCAGCUAUGAUCUGAGUUUGGGAUACCAUACAAUCGGUACAAUGGAAGGAGGAACUACAACUCCAUACAACAUUUCUAAGGUCAAGCAUGGACCUGAUCAUCUCCUUGUCCUUGUGCAUGGCAUAUUUGCGAGUCCAAAAGACUGGACAUAUGCGGAGGCAGAGCUGAAAAGACAGCUGGGAAGCAAUUUUUUAAUCUAUGUUAGUUCUUCAAAUACCUAUAUUAAAACCUUUGCUGGAAUCGACGGAGCUGGAAGACGAUUGGCAGAUGAAGUUCUCAAUGUAGUGCAGAAAACAGAAAGUUUGAGAAAGAUCUCCUUUUUGGCCCACUCACUGGGCGGAUUGUUUACAAGAUAUGCAGUUUCAGUUCUAUAUUCCUCUGAUAAUCUGAAUAACAGUCAGCACAAUAAUAUUGUCGAGUCAAGUGAUGGAAAUCCAAAUAAAUUAGCUCGUAUCUCCAAGGCAGGUAAAAUUGCGGGACUGGAGCCGAUCAAUUUUAUUACUUUGGCAACUCCACAUCUUGGGGUUAGAGGGAGAAAACAGCUUCCGUUUCUCCUGGGAGUUCCAUUUUUGGAAAAAUUGGCCGCACCUUUAGCCCCCAUGUUUACUGGCCGUACCGGUAGCCAGCUGUUUCUUACUGAUGGCGAACCCAAAAACCCUCCUCUUCUUUUAAGAAUGACAACAGACAACAAAGAUCUUAAGUUUCUAUCCUCACUUGGGGCUUUCAAAAACCGAAUUCUCUAUGCCAAUGUUUCUUAUGACCACAUGGUGGGUUGGCGUACUUCUUCAAUACGGAGGGAGACUGAGCUUGUUAGGCCGCCAAGACAAUCAUUGGAUGGCUACAAACACAUCGUAAAUGUGAAGUAUUGCCCCCCAGUCUCAUCAGAUGGCCCACAUUUUCCUCCUGAAGCAGCUAAGGCUAAAGAGGCUGCCAAAAAUGUGCCAAACUCACAAAAUACAGCAGAAUAUCACGAUGUCAUGGAAGAGGAAAUGAUUAGUGGACUUCAAAGGAUAGGAUGGAUGAAAGUUGAUGUCAGUUUCCACUCUACGUGUUGGCCCUUCUUCGCUCAUAAUAACAUCCAUGUGAAGAGUGAAUGGCUUCACAAUGCUGGCACUGGUGUUAUUGCUCAUGUUGCUGACAGUUUAAAGCAG